AUGGAAGGGGAUGCGUCAAGUCCGUCCACAUCAUCUUCGUCUGAUCACGUACAGAGUAUCAAGGACUUCAAUCUACGCAAAUUCGACAAGCUAGUUAAGAGGAUGGGCCGGAAAUUGCUCCCGAAACCUUGCGACACUAUCUUCGUACCCUCGGCUAUCCCUUCAUGUUCUAGACAUAUGUCACAUUCCCCAUCUGCGGGUGAUUCACAAAACCUUCUCCACAAUGAAUCAGAUCGCAGAAAAUCAAGUGCACCGGCUUGCGGUUUAACCGUAGACACCUCUGGUGGCGAAACGGCGGGAUCAGGAUAUGGAUGGCUUACUGCUUCUGAAGCGCCAGAGCCAUAUCACGGAGUAGCUUCUGUGGUUCGAGCACAACAAAUCGCCCUGCAGAUGGUGAAGGAGCGAAUUCGUUUGACCAAACAACAAAUUGACGCAUGUCGUAAGGACGAGCAACUGAUUGCAGACUUUGUCGCUGACGCAUUGGCUGAAGAGAUGAAUGUUGAUCGCACUAAAUUAAGCUACAAAAAACUGGAAGAACAAGUCAAACACCUAGAAGAAGAAAUAGAGGAACUUCGAAAGCUUUCUCCCAGAGUUGUUCCUCCUCCAAGGCCGGCACGUCCAAAUCAUCAUCUGACUUGGUUUUGUGUCCGUUGUCUGGAGGAGAACACAACAUCUUCGUAUCGAUGCCGCUGUUCAUUUCCGCGUCCGGCGAUUGAUCCCCGUGAAGCAGUCAGAUGUAAUUGUGCCCACUGCACUCCAGCAUCGGGAAGAAAACAUGAAAGGACAUCAGAGCCCCAGGGGAUUGGGAAAAGUACAGGAUUUUAUUUUGAAGAGUGGACAUUCCGAGAGGGGUUCAUCAAGUUUGGCGAAGCUUUUGAUGGAGAAUGUAGCCUCAGUAAGAUCGUGCUGUCCAGCAAAACGGAACACCUACUUACGCAAGCUAUAGUUGGGCUAAAACGACCUGAAACACGCGCAGUUGCGUAA